CGCGACGGACGUUGAGCCUCCGCUUUCUCCGUCCAUCCGCUCCUCCCGCUAUUUAUCCUUUUUUUCAUCACGGCACUCCUGCUUUACCCUAGAUUCUUCUCUUUUUCUUUCCUCCACAACAGGUAUAGAGGCUAGAAAUGGGUGCACAAUCGCCGUCUGAGGAGCUCAAGUACCUCAAGUCCCUCGUAGACCAGCUCAAUGAAAAGAUAAAGCAACUUGAGCAGAAAGCCGUAAAGGUGGUUUCCCCCACUCCGGCGGAACAAUUAAGGAUGAUUCUGAUUGGUCCGCCUGGUGCUGGCAAGGGAACUCAAGCACCUAGGAUUCGGGAUGAAUUCUGCGUAUGCCACCUUGCUACUGGUGACAUGUUACGAGACCAAGUACAGAAGAAGACCCCACUCGGUGUGGAAGCAAAGAAGAUCAUGGACGCAGGUGGACUCGUGAGCGACGAUAUUAUGGUCGGCAUGAUCAAAGACCAGCUGGAGAAUAACAAGGCAUGCAAGAAUGGUUUCGUUCUAGACGGCUUCCCGCGUACUGUUGGUCAAGCAGAGAAGCUCGACGGCAUGCUCACCGCGCGGAAAGAACACCUCGAUCAUGUCGUUGAAUUCCAGAUUGAUGAUUCGUUGCUUAUUUCGCGGAUUACUGGUCGGCUAAUCCAUCCUGCCAGCGGACGCACGUACCAUAAGGAGUUUGCGCCUCCAAAGAAAGCAAUGACAGACGAUGUGACUGGCGAGCCCCUCAUCCAACGGUCGGACGAUAAUAUUGAGACAUUGCGCAAGCGAUUGACCGCGUACCAUCAGCAGACCGCCCCUGUUGUGGACUACUACAAGGCGAAGAGCAUUUGGAAGCCGAUCGAUGCUGCGCAAGCUCCACCUGUUGUGUGGGAGAACUUGGUUGGGGUAUUCAAGAGUGCGAAGAGGAAGUAAGGGUAAGAAGGGUGAGAGGGUGAAGGGAGAGUGGAUAGAAGUGGAGGAAGAGGAAGUAGAAGGAGGAAUGUGCUCGUGGAUGUAAAAAUUGCGCUUGAUGACAGUAUUUUGGACGCUACUUCUUCACCAUAUCAGCUGCUCGUCUCUCUAAUUAUUUGCAUUCGUUGUUCAUUCAAUGCAUAUUGGUCGUUGCAUCUGCAUCCUAUCUUACCGUCUUCAUGCCGGCCAUGGUCCAACUCAAGCAUAACCGCAGG